CGUGAUAAAGAAAAUUAAAGGGAAACGUAAUAAAGUUUUCUUUCAUAUAUUUUUCACAUAUAUCUGCCUUUUUUAUGGACGGAAAAAUGGAAUAGAAGUGCAUUGGAAAAGUCAAUAAUAGCGUUACUAUAAAGAAAAUUUAUGAUAAAAAAUGUUCUAAUUUUUAUUCUCCGGUAUUAAGUGUAAACAAAAUUUUAAAUUUCAAUAAAUUGUAAAUAAACCCAUAAGAGGGCAGUUUUAUUUUUUCUAAUUACAAUUUUAUCAUUUCCUGCAUGUAUGUCGGUGUGCGUGUGCAUGUUGAAAAUCUCUAGACCAACGGUGAGAUAUAAAAACCUAAGAUUGCACGGGGCAAGUUUACGCCUACCAAUAAUAAUAACUGCUGAUAGUGCGUGUGUAUAUUUGUGUGUGUUGUGUAUGAGUGGGAAUGCAUGUUUUGUUUAAUUACAUUAUCAAAACAAAAAGCAAAUAAAACUCUCAUAUAAACAUUGCCGAUCGUAGCAAUAUAAAAAUUUUCAAAAAUGAAAUUGUUGUUGCCUCUAUUUAAUUCUUGGCACACAAAAAUGACAUUUACGCCCACUUGUAUCUAUACUCUAAAAGCUUCCAGACUUUAGAAUACACUUAAUUCACAACCACAAAACGGUACAUAUCCAAUCUUAAUUGCAAUACAAUAUCAACUAAAUAAUAAUAAUAAUCGCACGUCAACAACAACCAAUUAGAUAAAAAAUUAAACGUUUAAAAAAAAAAAAAAGAAUAUAUACCUAUAAAUUAAUCUAACCUUGGCCGGCGUAUUCGACGAUCACAGCUUUCAGUAUGGAUUGGAUAAUCAGCGAUGAGAUGGGCCUAACUGUAGGUCAUGUAGUUGGUUGGGCGGCCGCUUCGGCAAUGGUGAUCGGUGGCGUAAUACCCUAUGUACCCCAAUAUUUAGAGAUUAAGAAAACCCAAGACGCUGAAGGCUUCUCAUUGCAUGUAUGCUUUGCACUAUUGAUUGCCAACUCAUUGAGAAUUUUAUUUUGGUUUUCCAAACGUUAUGAGCUUCCACUUCUCGUCCAAAGUGUUGUGAUGAAUAUAACCAUGUUCCUAAUGAUACAUUUGUGUGUCAAGGUGAAACGUGUUAAUGCCAAUAAGAGAGAGCGCACAUUUUCAGGCGAUGACUUACGUUUGCCGAAAGUGACAAUGACAGAGACCGAUACAGCGGGUUCCGUGUCAAUAUCAACAGAGGCCGGAGCAAUGAAGCGAGUACGUUCUCGUCAUUAUUUAAGCGAUCUCGAUUUGAAAUACUUUUGGAAUUGGACUGAUUUUCAAUCCUAUUUGGAUUUUAUGCUUUUGGUUUGGGCUGUAGGAGCAGCUAUUACAUAUCUAAUGCUAUCCAUAGACUGGUUUAUGGAAACCGUUGGUUUUGUGGCAGUCUUCACGGAGGCUAUGUUAGGAGCGCCUCAGUUCGUACGUAAUUUUAAAAAUAAAUCAACAUACGGUAUGAGUAUACAUAUGGUCAUCAUGUGGACGCUCGGUGAUAUGUUUAAGACUGGCUACUUUAUAGCAAGAAAAGCACCAUCUCAAUUUUGGAUAUGCGGCACAUUGCAGGUAAGUUUGGAUCUUGCGAUACUGUUACAGGUGUGGGUGUAUCGUCAUAAUUCUAAGCCUCGUGAUGUGCAUCGUGGAGAUUAGCAGUUCGCCCCCGAAGAACAACAACAGCAACAACAGCAACAAAAUCACCUCAAUAACACGCAUUCACAUUCAAAUAAUAAUUCGGGCAGUCGAAAUCAAUCCAUACCGAACACUAUUAGCAGCGGUAGUGGCGACGACCAUUUAUUGACAGCUAAUGCAGAUGAUGACCACUUCCAGCAUUUAAAUUAUCAUGCCGAAUAUAAAAACUAUCACGAUAACCGUGCUUUUCAAUUCUACAAUAACAAUUCGUUAAGCCAGAAACAAAAAUCUGCGACAGAUGCAUCAAUUAACGAAACAGACAGCCAUGUCCUGGAUGUUGUAACAGUACAUUGCAGCAGUUAUCAAGGCAAAGACUUCGAUGGUGAUAAAUUAUCGAAUACCGCCCAAAUUAGUAACUUGCGUUCCUAUGAAACGCGUAAGCGUCAUAAUGCUACUCAAACACCGAGCGGAUUUGACAUGUGGAAACACGAUCUUUAUUGUCGAAGCAAUCACUCCCACUUGUCUUGCUGUUGCCACAACCACAAACGGAAUGUGAGAGGCUCAACAGGCGAUAGUUACGCUUCCCAUGCUGACCGGCAUUCGCAAGAUUUCUGUCGCCUUUCGCCACAUACGCAUUCAUUGCAUCAUCAUUAUCCCGUUUUGGCAGGGGGAACGGUCAGUGACUGUACUUAUUACAAUGGCAAAUGGUCCUGCGGACAAUGUUCUCGACAUAAACUAAGCUAUUCAGUGGGACACCAUCAUUAUCAUCAACGUCAUCACCAUCGGUGCCAUCAUCAUCACGUUCAUAAAAAAACAAAACCUACGGGACAUACGACUAUCGAAACCGAUGAACUAUCUAAUGAAGAAAUGGGCCAAAGCAAUGGAUCCUACUGCUGUCAGCAUUAUAAUCGGUGUCAUUGCGUGAAGAAGAACGAAACGCGAAUAUCAGUGGUUCAGAAUGAACGAGUAAAAAUUAAACGAAAACGCUUUAUUGCUCCUACUGCGGAGGAUUAUUGUAGCAGUUGUUCACGUUGCUCGAGUUGUUCGUGCACACAGGUACGGACAAGCAGUUGCAGUAGUAUAGAUGAAUGGGGGCGUGAUGGUCGUCAAAGUUUCACUUCAUCAGAUCCACAUUCACGAGCUUUUGUGGUAUCAGCCGAUUGCCAUCACUGCCAUGCGCAAUAUGCUUCAACCACUUCUAGUGCUGAUGAAGUGGAUGAUUCUGUUCCAAACGCUGCUCACGAAAUGCAGAGAGAUUUACAGGGUAAGCCGCUUGUGCACGAAACAACGACGGAUAGUUCGGCGCGCAGCAGUCGGCGUAGCAGCAUUACUGCUAGCUUUUGUUCAUGCAACUCGACCAGUUGUUGUUACUGUAGUUGCAGCUGUGGAGAUUCCACCCCAGGUCAGAUGUGUACUGCCCGAGAGAUAACCAAUACGUCAUUUUCGGCGAGAAUGUGUUCAGCCGAUUUAGAAGACCAACAUUCAAGUACUUUAACACCUCUCACAAAUCCUUCCUCAUUAGUAACCACGCCAUUAGCCGAAGAUUGUGAUUUAACCAUGCGUAGUGUAAGCAAUCCCUUAACGGAAGACACUUCAUCACAGAGUCAAUCCGCCGAAUAUUUUUCACUGUCCUCAAGUACUCAGCCAUCCCAACCAACUCCAACGGCAACGCCAACCAGGAAGCCAACUAUAAGUUUGCCACCGACUGUCGAGGUUACUGAACCGGCCAUGGAAGCGAGCAAUAUAACAAGAAAAAGACGAAGUGUUUCGCUGGUUACGUGGCCAGCUAUUGAUGUAAAUGCUUUAUUGCAGCAAACAAUACGCCAAUCGGCUACGCUGCACGAAGCUUCUAUGGAAUCCAAAUCAUGGAAACCGCAACGAAAGCACUUGCGAGAGCAAACCUUAUCACCUCCGCAAUCGCUCAACCAAACGCGGCUAGAGUUAAGUCAUGGCAGUAACGACAGUUCUUCAGCUACGUUAACGUCAAUUGUAACGAUUGCCAAAUUCCCGUCUCAAUCGGCAGUGGGUAUGUUUCCGGCAACCUCAGCCACUGGUUCGCAGCAAUUUCCCUCCGUACAAUCGCUGGCGGUAAGUACAAUGUGUGGCAGUAACGGCGGAACUGUAAUCACAACAACCGCUUCCGCUCCGAGCAGUAGUCGAGUAAAGCGUACAUCGAAAUUUUCGCCAGUUGCACCCGAUUCUUUCAGUUGCGAUCCUCUUCUAUUUGCUGCUCAAGAAAGACGUUCUACAGAAAUUAUAUUAUAGCAACGCGGUCAAAAGCAAUUUGGUACCUACGUAUAAUGGAUUAAUUAAGAGAAAGAAAGAGAAAAAAAAGCGGUCUAAGGUUGUUGUCCUUUUGCACGUAGUUAUUGGAUUUUGACAUGGAUUGUUGAUUGAAGUUAAAAAGGCUGUGCACACAUAUGUAUAUUUUGAAAUUCUCUUCUGCCAUAUUUUUGUGUUUUCUUAACAUAUGUAAUCCUAUCCCUA